CACACACGCACUGGUAAACACAUCACGUGCACGAGGGCGUCAUACUUUAGACCUUACAUUAGAGCUCGAGGAGAGAAGGCAGUUGCCUCACUGAUACGAUACGGACGACAAGUUGUCGCGCAUUUCUCCGGUUUCCUUAUUAACUCACUAAUCCGCUCUCAAGCUCAUCACCAAUCUGGUCACACAUCCAGACGUGCACGGUACUAGUGGAGAGUCUCAACACUUAAGCUUGUUGUCGGUCUUAUGGCCUGCAAGGUGGCAUCGGUACCGCAGCUCGGAGUCGCAUCAAUCACCAGCCUUUCCUCAUCCGUUUCGCUUGCUCGGAUACCAGGAGUGAUGGACGGACUACCGGUAGUGCGGAGUGCGAGCAAGCGGGCAGUUAAGCGUCGCGGUAGCGUCGAAAUUUGGUCGAAUUUCUCGCUUGCAAGAAUUCCUAGUCCGGUCGGUGUGUGGCAGUUGGAUAGUGUGAUCGGAAGGGGACAGUUUGGGGUGGUUUACAGCGCGUGGAAUGCAGGGGAGCAGCUCACUGCUGCGGCUAAAGUUGUGGAUGUUGAUGAGGCGGAUUCGUAUGGUUGGAGUGCGGCGAGGAACGAGGUGUGUAUACUGCAGAGGUAUAGGCAUGAGAAUUUGGUGAAGAUGUAUGGUGCGUAUCGAGAGGAGACGGAAAGCUCGCGCUCCUUCUCCACCAAGUGCAAACUCUGGGUGGUAAUGGAGAUUUGUGAUGGUGGCUCUGUCAAGCAUUUGGCACAUUCUGCAGUGUCCAAUGACUCCCCCUUGGAAGAGGAAAUUAUCCGGUAUAUUCUGCACGAGACAUUGCAGGGGUUGCAAUAUUUGCACCAGAACAAUGUUAUUCAUCGGGAUGUGAAGGGUUCGAACAUCCUGUUGACAAGAAAGGGAGAUGUGAAGUUGGUAGACUUCGGAGUUGCAGCUAAAUUUCUUGAAACUGACGGAUAUCGAAGACGAAACUCGAUUGUUGGUACUCCGCACUACAUGGCUCCUGAGGUUGUCUUUUGUGAGUACCAGCAUGAUCUGGAUUAUGACAGUCGAUGUGACACGUGGUCACUGGGAGUAACUGCCAUACAGAUGGCUGAAGGAAAUCCACCGAUGUUUGAUCUGUCGAAUGAUGAAAUCAAGAGGAGAAUACCAAGACAAAAAUCUCCUCACUUAUCUGACGAAGACUUAUGGUCAACAGAAUUUCAAGAUUUUAUAUCAAGCUGUCUAGUGAAAGACAUGGAAAAGAGGCCACACUGUCGAGACCAACUUGAUCACCCAUUCAUCCAACAGAUGGACGAGAACACAGACAAUGUGAAGGAAUCUCUAUCCAGACUGAUCGAAAAAUAUUCAUCAAACGAAGCAUCACAGUCCUCAUUCACUUCCAGUUCAACUCGAAUCAAAACCGGCUCUGAGAAUCGUAAACUAAUGGCUCGCAUCGGAAGUCCACCUCUCGAAGUAGUCCAAGAAGAAACAUCUCCGAUUUCAUCACCCAACCUGAAGAGAGAUGCUAGAGAUGCAAUGCUAUUUUAACGCAGGACUAUAUAGCAACAGAUUGCAACUGUCUGUAACACUCAGUAUUAUUGAAUACAUCAGGUGUAUGUAGUUUGUAAUGCAUUACUGUAUGUAUACUAUUUCGACUGCAAGAGAAUACUAAGAUUGUGCUUGAUACAGGUAGUUAUGUAUGUGUGUAGAUGUAUUGGCUAGCAGUAAAGAAUUUUGAGUCUUAUUGUGCA